AUGGACCUCAGCACGACGCCCAGAAGGGCCACGGAGAGCGUCGGCGACCUGCAGAAGACGAGGGUGGCCAAGAGCGUCUUCAGCAUCCGCAGUCUCGUCGACGUGGAGGAGGCGGACGUGCCCGCGCAGGAGGACGAACGCUCGCCAAGUGUCACGGAACUCGGGGCGAACGAAGGCGGAGUUUUCGGGAGGAACGAGGGGACAUCGCUGGAAGUAACCCUGUCGACGCACCAAGAUCAUUCGUCGCGAGGAGGCAGCGAGCAGGCCGUCUCGCAGACGAGUCCUGCGAGCAGCACGAGCAGCUCGAGCCAGGUGACUCAGGUGAGCCAGCAGGUGAGCCAGCAACCUCACCCGCAGUCUCACCAGCAACCGACGCCGGCAUCGACGACGACGACGCCUCAGUCCAUCCAAAUGGGCAUCUCCACGGAAGAGGUGAGGCCUGAGGAAGAAGGCGGUCAUCCGAGAGCGGCGCCGACCAGCCCCGAGAGCGAGGCCGAAGCAGACGAUUUUGCUCCGAAAAGAAAACAACGUCGCUACAGGACAACCUUCACGAGUUUCCAGUUGGAGGAACUCGAGAAAGCUUUCUCUAGGACGCAUUACCCGGACGUAUUCACAAGGGAGGAGCUCGCCAUGAAGAUCGGCCUGACGGAGGCACGGAUACAGGUCUGGUUUCAGAACAGGCGGGCCAAGUGGCGCAAGCAAGAGAAGGUCGGGCCGCAGGCGCACCCCUACAACCACCCGUACCUGAGCUCAGGUGCGCCACAAACGUCGCCGGUUAUGACACCGACCUUGCCGAACCCCUUCGCCCACCUGGGUUCCUUCGCUCUCAGGAAGCCCUUCGACGCCUUUCGCUAUCCGCCGCUGGGUCACGGCCCGGUCCUCCCCGGUAGUUACGCCGCGCAUCCCUAUCAUCGCGCACCGCCGCCGCUGCUGCCGCCCGGUAUGCCGCUGCCGUAUACGUCCGCCGCCUCCUUCCAAAGUCUGUUGGCGAAUAUAUCAGCAGCGCAAAGGCCGAAGCUGGUGCGCGGCUCGCCGCCACCGUUGCCACCACCGGCACCUGCGAUCGCCCUGUCGCAUCCACCUGUGGCACCGCCACCUCCGCCGCCACCGACGGCUGCCUCUCCUCAGAGCUCGCCUACGGGCAGCGUGGGGCUGCCGGACAUAGACAGGAGGACCAACAGCAUCGCCUCCCUCAGACUCAAGGCUCGCGAAUACGAGCUGCAUCAGGAGAUGAUGCGUAAGAACGGCGAUCUCAUAAGUUGAGGUGUCGCUUAUCAAGGUAGAACCGCGCGCGCGACGGCGAGAUUGCGCUGAGUAUCGGCUAAGAACGGUCGUGGAAUGGAUGAUGUCGCGUGAUCUCCGGGGAGGAUCGAGUGAGAAACAAGAGGCAAGUAACAGUCAGAUGUUGCUGGUGUCGGAGCGAUACAAUAUUUAAUGAGAAAAAAGAAUGUUUACGUUUAAGAAACAGACGUUUCCAGGGGAGAAUCACCGAGAGGGAUGUUGAGAGAGUAUAUCUCGUGUAUGCAUGCAUUUUAGUUGGUUGGUAAAGGCUGAGUUUGCUCAAUGUGACGCGCGAUUUGAACGAAACAUCAAAAUAUUCUACCGAACGUCGCACGCAUUGUGAUGAGUGCGACAUUCGACUUAUAUAUGACGAUGUUUACUGAUCACGUAAUGUUAAGUCACAUUGGUUAUAGCCAUCGAUGUAAGAACACCUGAGCCAAGGGAGAGUAUAAUUGGUAGUAAAGGGAAAGUUACGAUUCUUUCAGAUAUAUUCGACUUUUGUGUCAGUUCGCACUGAGACUGAAAUGUUCGUACCGAACUGAUGUAGCAUUUUUGAACUGGGUUGUAUUUUGUAGUUUUAGAAUGAAACAAAUACAUAUCCUAGCACGUUGGAAGAAAAAGAAAGAAAGUUCUAAGUAUUAAUUUAGCUGGAAAAGAACAGGUCGUACGUCGCUAACGUUAAUUGACAUUAAUUUAUCGUAAGGUUAUCGAUAUUUUUAUUAUAUUUUCAUGAUCGAUUAUACCAUAGACAGGCAUAAUAAUUUUAAAUCAAUGAUUAGAUUAUUGGUUUUGCAAUUGUACGCAUUAUUGCGCAGUCAAUGGUCCAAUGAGAGAACUUAACUUCUGGGAAUUAAUCAAAAACAAGCUACAAACUGCUCCAUUGUAAAAAGUGUUCCAUUCGUAUUGAAACCAAGUACACGUACUCAAUUCAAGAUAUUCUUACAUCGACGGUUAUAGUUUUGAUGCAAAUGUUUGCCAACAACGGAUAUGCUCAGGCGAAAGAAUUUUGCGAAGUGAGUGAGAGCGGUUGAACGGAUCUCUCAAGUACCACAAAUUGUACAACAUUUUUCGCAUGACAAAAGUCAACAAAAUCCCUCUCGUCGAUGAAAAAAUCAUCUGAUUGAUUGUUAUUUGCUUAAACAUCCUAAUUGCAUCGAAUUCUCACAAAUUUGGGUAAAAAAUAAUUGAACAAUAUAAGAAUAAAGGACGAUAACGUUUUAACCAUGUAAUGUACGGUCAUUCUCAGCCGAAAUUGAUAUAAACUAUGGACGAUUCUCGGCCAUGAGCAACGGUGUAGAUCUUAUAACGCGUGUAAAAAAUAUCAUACUUUCAGUUGAACUUGUUGACGGAUGUGCAAGCAAUCUUAUGAAAAUAAUCAUCAAUAUCUUUCCGGAGUUGAUAGAUCAUUUUCAUCCUUAAGAAAAAACUGUAAUGCAAUUGGCUCUUAUAUACAGUUAUAUACAGUUUUCAAGUCGCUUCUUUUCCUGAAGAAAUAAACUGAAAUAUUCACGAAAAAAAUUCAUAAAUUCAAAUCGAGCAAUUGUCGUUCAUUGUCCUUGAUUCUUAUAUUAACUUUAACUUUAAUCGAAGAUACAUUAACUUUAAUCGAAGAGCCUUACAAUUAUUUACUUAAUACGUUCGCAACCAGCCUUACACAUAUACGAUCUCUCACGAGAAACCAGCGUCAUAUAUGUAUGACAGCAAUUUUUUUUAAAUCAUACAUUAUCAAACUAAGUCUAUUUUAUACAAUUAUGUGAAAAAAGAACGAAGGGAUUUGCGGGGAAGCGAGCCUUAAAUAAAUCGCGGUAGCGAACGUAAUAAAGAAUAAUUGAUGGCGAUGAAAUUUGGCCGGGACUACUUUUGUUCAUCAUUCGCUAUGACAUCGCACAUGCAGAACGCGAAACAAGCGUCACGGGAUAACGUGUGCAGCUUGAACGGAAGGGAAGGAAGAGUGAAAUCACCGUUACUCAUGUACCAUAUACGUAAUUCGCAGUAUUCGGUAUGCGAGGAAACUGAUACAACUGCGCAAAUCGAAAGGCUCGCUCAUGCGUAUAUCGUUUGAGUCUGUUUCACACGUGUCGAAAAAUAGAUUUCUCAAUUAACUCGUAUAAUUAGUGAUCACAUCGACUCUCACUGAGAUUCGUCUCUAGCAUAUUAUACAAUGAAUUUACUAGACGCACCGAUUGCGUCUAUGACACGGACAGAAGUUCUCCUCGAAGCUCUGUAAGCUUCCUAUCCGAAAAAAUUUGUCGUGGGACAAUUGAGACAUUAGACUAAUAUAAUGCGGAUCGUUGAAUACGCGUGAAACAGAUUCUAAUCUUAGCAGGAUCGUGUUCCGAGUUGCAUAACGCGCAUUGAAUGAAAAAAUGUUAAAAAUAAAAAAUAUUUAUUCCACAAAUACUAAUAAACAUUUCAUUUGUAAUAAUAUACAUAUUUUUAAACUAAGAAAAAUUUCUUCUUAAAUGAGAAAAUAUACAUUUUCUUCAAA